CGGUUCUGUAGGUCGGGCAUGCCCGUGAAACAUUCACUGCGAAAUGCUCCCCCAGCGCCUGCAUAGCGAUUAACGUGCAGUUACAGGGAUAUGUGACACAAAGGACACUUAAAAUUGCCUUCCUGUCUAGCAGAUAACUAAUAGAUUCAGUAAAAGCGGGCGGAAACGUGCGAGGAGGAGCCGAAAACUGUCCGUCCGUUUUGUCCUACAAAGGCGCGGAGUGUUUGACAGCGGCAGGGCCCGACGUUAGUUAACCGCCGGAGGAGGAGGAGGAGGACAGCAUCCAGAGGUCUGCAUGAAACAAUAAAGGCAGGCCUUUCUGUACUGGAAAGCAAGCGCCAACAUGAGGAAGGACGUGAGGAUACUUCUUGUAGGGGAGCCCAAGGUGGGAAAGACAUCCCUGAUUAUGUCUUUAGUCAGUGAGGAGUUUCCUGAUGAGGUUCCUCUCCGAGCUGAAGAGAUCACCAUCCCAGCGGAUGUCACGCCAGAGAGGGUGCCCACACACAUUGUGGACUACUCAGAAGCAGAGCAGUCAGAUGAGCAGCUGUAUCAAGAAAUAUCCAAGGCUAAUGUCAUCUGCAUAGUUUACUCAGUCAACAACAAGAAGUCGAUCGAGAAGGUGACGAGCCACUGGAUUCCUCUCAUAAAUGACAGAACAGACAAGGACAGCAGGGUGCCGCUGAUUCUUGUGGGGAACAAGUCGGACCUGGUGGAGCACAGCAGCAUGGAGACCAUCCUACCAAUCAUGAAUCAAUACCAGGAUAUUGAGACAUGCGUAGAGUGCUCUGCCAAAAACCUGAAGAACAUCUCCGAGCUGUUCUACUACGCCCAGAAGGCUGUUCUCCACCCAACAGGACCCCUCUACUGCCCAGAGGAGAAGGAGCUGAAGCCUUCAUGCAUUAAGGCUUUAACUAGAAUAUUUAAAAUCUCAGACUUGGACAACGACGGCAUCCUUAAUGACAAUGAGCUCAACUUCUUUCAGAGAACGUGCUUCAAUACACCACUGGCACCUCAGGCAUUAGAGGAUGUAAAGAACGUGGUCAGGAGAAACAUGACAGAUGGAGUCAAAGACAACGGACUCACACUCAAAGGCUUCCUCUUCCUGCACACGCUCUUCAUACAGCGAGGCCGGCAUGAGACCACAUGGACCGUGCUGAGGAGGUUCGGCUAUGAUGAUGACCUGGAGCUCACGCAGGAAUACCUGUUCCCCAUGAUAAAGAUCCCUCCAGACUGCACCACGGAGCUUAACCACAACGCUUACCUCUUUCUUCAGAGUGUCUUUGACAAGCAUGACAAAGACCGCGACUGCGCGCUGUCACCAGAGGAGGUAAAAGACUUGUUCAAAGUGUUUCCCUACAUGCCCUGGGGCCCAGAUGUAAACAACACAGUUUGCACUAAUGAACAGGGAUGGAUCACAUACCAGGGAUACCUCUCCCAGUGGACGCUAACAACAUACCUAGAUGUGCAGCGGAGUUUGGAGUACCUGGGUUACCUCGGCUACUCUAUCAUCUAUGAGCAAGAAUCCCAAGCAGCUGCAAUUACAGUGACCCGUAACAAGCGCAUUGACCUGCAGAAGAAACAGACCCAGCGCAGCGUCUUCCGCUGCAACGUGUUAGGGGCACGGGGCACCGGGAAGAGCGGCUUCCUUCAAGCAUUCCUUGGCAGGAACCUGCAGCGACAGAGGCGGAUUAGAGAAGAGCACAAGUCCUACUAUGCCAUCAGCACAACUUAUGUUUAUGGUCAGGAGAAAUACCUGCUGCUCCACGAGUUGAUGCCGGAUUUUGACUUCCUGACAGAGGAGGACUUAGCCUGCGACGUAGUCUGCCUGGUGUACGACGUCAACAAUCCCCGCUCAUUUGAAUACUGUGCAAAAGUGUACAAGCAAUACUUCAUAGACAGCAAAACACCGUGUGUGGUGAUAGCCGCCAAAUCAGACCUGCACGAGGUGCGGCAGCACUACAGCCUCUCGCCACAUGAGUUCUGUCGCAAGCACAAGCUCCACCCACCCCAGCAAUUCACCUGCAACACGAGCGACGCGCUCAGCAAAGACAUCUACACGAGACUCACCACCAUGGCCAUGUAUCCCCACGCCCGUCUCCGCUGCAUGUGUGCCUGCAACAGGUGCACAUACUGCCUGUGUCAGAACUUCCUCAAGUUGGAGCUGCUGCGCAGCAUUAAGGCCCAGCUCCGCGCAGUCGUUUUCAACAGGCACAUGGCUCAGACGGACCUGAAGAACUCCACCUUCUGGCUGAGGGCGAGCGUCGGUGCCACGGUGUUUGCCGUGUUGGGCUUCGCCAUGUACAGAGCACUUCUCAAACAGCGGUGAUCAGACACCACGAGACUUCCCUCACCCCGGUCCGUCUGUUGACUCUGCCCCUCCUCCAAUGCCCCCCACCCCCCACCCCCCCCACCCCUUUUACCUGAAAGACUCAAAGAGACUGUCUGAUCCACCAGCCAGACCUCAGCUCCUUAGCCUCACCUCAUCUCUUGGUCACAAUGAACAAAUGUGCAAACUUAUAGAUACAUUUUAUAAGGGAGUGUGGAUUUUUUUUUCCCUUUGUUUUGAGGAAAGGGGCAGGCUACUUUUGAAACAUCACCUCGCUUUGUAAGUGCUGGCAUCUCGUGGUCUGUUGAUUCAAUCUGGGUGAGAUUAGACAUGUCCACUCCUCUUUUUAUUUCCCCCUCAGGUCAGUAUAAUUAGACAUUUGGACACCUGAGAGAGGCAGCCAUACACAGAUGCACCACAAAGGGACUUCAGUCUGUUUAUACAUAUGUAUAUGCAGUUAUUAUAUAUGUAUUCUGUAAAACAAAGAUUUUUAGGAUCAAACCUGUAGGCAGCAUCACAAGCCAGAAGCGACGUGAGCAGGAGGCGUUGGGACAAACAGCGCUGCAUCUAACACUAGAAAGGUCACGGAUGUCGUGCACUUGUCUAUUUUGUGUGUUAAUUUAUUAACCCGUUUCUUUCUUGUCUGUUUCUGAGUGCACCGCAUGAAACUCUGGGAUUUUUCAUGUAUUUUUGUAUUUAGUAUUAUCAAAGCCAUUUUCAUGGUGAAUGACCUGCUUCUGUUUUUAUUUUUUCCUGGUUUUCGAAUAAAGUUUUUGUCCUUCCUUAUAUUUUUAUGAUGUUAGAGGCACCAUAAAACAGGAUAUGAUUCUGUUAACAGCUAUUCAGCAGCACCUCUCCCACCUCCAGACUUCUCAUUCAUCUUCUCCAUCAUUUCUAAUAAAGACUUGUGCCGUAAGCGUGCUGAUGGGAUGAACUGCAGCUAAUUUAACAGCAACAAGGGUAAAUGACAUGGUUUUAAAUAUCUGUAAUAAAUGACCUUUACACCCA